CCUUGGAAUUAUCAUUAACUUUAUGACAUUGGGCUAACAAAAAACCAUUGGUACAAUUUAUGGAGAGGAGAGAAUAUUACUAAAAUAAAGGUAAUUAGUUUAUUGUUUGACUGUAUUUUUCAUGAGAGUUGGAUUUGUUGAUUUCUUUGAACUUUAAUUGUAUGUUUGUUUUCUUAAUAUCCAACAUGCAGUUUCUGAUAUCUUUUGCCUUUAAUAUAGAGAUGAAAAUAUGAUUAUCAUCAUCUUGGGAGGCCUGUUCCCGGGGUAUUAGCACUAGUUUAGAAGACUUUGAAAUGAUGUUAUUGCUAUGGCAACAAGAUUAAUGGUGGUACAGCAUGAUUCAAACAAUUUGUUCCAUCUGUUUAAUUUACUAAAAGUACAAAUCUAAUAGAGUCAUAGAAAUAACAAAAGGAAAUAUGGCCUUUAUUGAUCGGAAAACACUUAAAAUAAUUUGCAUUUUUCAUGAUAUAAACAAACAUAUAGUUUACGAUAUCAAAGGAUAUCAAAUAAGAAUUUGUAAUAUAAUCAUGUUUUCCAGAUGAAAUUCUAGAGUAUGGUGAUAAUUCUUCUCAUGUAUACUAAAUCUUGAAUUUAUGACAGUUCUUCAAACACAGAGACUAAUGAUCCUAUACCCUUGGCGAUUAUUUGAUCACAGACUGUAGAAAAUAAUAUAUAUGAGUCAUUUAAUUUCAAGAAAACGAAAUCUGAUAUAAAUGAUGUCAACAUAACUGAUGCAACUAUAAUAUACAUCACACAACAAAUGACAGUAUAACUGGAACAAAUGUCAUCAGACGAAUGAUGCACAAUGGCACAUUAUCGCACAUGAAUAUGGCAACUCAAUCAUCAACAAAUGUAGUGGAAACAGUGAACACAACAGCAGGGACAAGCAAUCCUUUUACCGUAUUUCUAAAAGAUCCUGAAAAAUAUUUUUAUGACCCGGCAUCAAUACCUAUUUUGACUAUCGCUAUGCCAAUUAUUCUUGGCAUGGGGGUGAUUUGCAAUUCCGCAUUCAUCUAUGUUGUGAUUAAACUUAAGCAUAUGCAUAACGCAACAAAUUAUUACCUUGUUAACUUGGCAAUAGCAGAUCUAAUCUACCUUCAUAUAGUGGUUAUUGAUAAAGUUCUACGAUAUGGCAUUUCACCAUUUGCAAAGGAUUAUGGACCAUGGGGACAUAGGCCGUGUAAAAUCCUAUCUGCGUUUAUUUUUCUACCACAUUUGGUAUCAGAAGGAACCAUAAUGCUGUUCACAUAUGAACGAUGUAGGGCACUAAGAUCAACUGGUGCCAUCUAUAGGCAGAGUAACAAAAGAUGUCUCGUUUACAUCAUCAUCACAUGGUUCAUAGCCAUGUUCGCACUUAUCCCCUGCAUUUAUUUCAUUGAUGGGGCCUCAUUCACUCUGAACUGGAUCCAGGAUACGAUCACACAUCAGUAUACAAUAAGAAAAUGUGGACUUGCACCAAUAUCAUUUUUUGGGAGUUUGACAAUACAGUGUAAUGGUCUCCAGACAAUACCUUUCAUUUUCAUAGCAUUUGCCAUAAUUGGUCUAAAUGUUUUAAUUCUGAAGGCGCUUCAUUCAAGUGCAAAACUUUCAAAUAAAUACUUGAAAAAUAGAACAAAGUCAAACAGCAAACGGCAAAUUGCACUUAUGUUAAUUGCAACCUCCUCAGUAUUCUACCUGACCUUACUGCCAUACUAUCUGGAUGAUAUACUCUAUGGAUUGAACAAGGUUGGACUAAUCCCAUUCAUCAAACUCCCAAAGGUCUGGAUCCAAACUGGUCGUUUCAUGGCAUACUUCAACUCAGCAAUUAACAUGCUCAUUUACAAUAUCUUCAGUAGGCGUUACAGGAAUGCAUUCAAGGAGGCAUUUUGCUGUUGUUUAAUUGGUAAAACAACUCAUACAUACAGUUCUAGUAGCAGGAAUAGCGCACCAAAUGUGCAUGAGAAUGGAGCAAGGAUGGCCCCCAUGAAUUCUGACAUCGUACAUAUGGGAGGAUCCAAUACUGCUUCUAUUGAUGGUGAAACUAUAUGCACUCUAAAUGAUACAAGCAGAAGGGCUAGAGCCAGUGACAAAAUUCAAGAAUUCACAAUUGAUACAUACAUAUGAAAUGGGGGAUAAAUCAAGGUAAAGAUAUACAGCUCAGCCCACCUUAAUUUGAAUUGAAAUACAGUAAAACCUGUCCAAGUGGAACACCUUCGGUACCUCUGAAGUGUUUUAUUCAGGAUGUGUUACACUUACAGAGGUUCAUUUAACAUUAAAUCAGUUGGUUUUAGAACCUUGAAAAGUGUUCUACUGACAGAGGUGUUUCACUUUACAGGCUUCACUGUAUAAAUAAGUAUACUUUUAUGUGGUAAAAUUAAUCAAUAAUGUAAGAUAUGAAUGUAUGGUU